AUGAAUCAGAAUCGUGAAACAACCCGAAAUUAAUCAUAUCGACAAAAAAAGUAAUAUUAUGAGAGUAUUAUAACAUAGAAAUGAUACACGUUCUCAUGCACCUACCUUUGAAAAUUUACAGGCCAGAAUAAGAGAUUUAUCUUAUAAUAGACUAUAUAAUGCAGUAUCAAAUUAAAAAAGAAGUGAAUCUACACAUUGCCAAAUAUAACAUUAAGACUUGUAGUAGAUGUAUCAUACUCUUUUAUUAAAGUAUUAAACAUAUACUAGACAAUGGAGUGAAAAGUUUUAGUAGUGGAUUCAAAUUAAAUGAAUUCCCUUAUUCUCCUACUUUACAAUCACCAAAUCAAUUAAUCUAAUCCACUAAAUAAUUUGAAUUUAGCAAUGAAAAGCAGUCACAUAAAAAGCAUGCAGACCCAUUCAAAUUUGAGACAUUUGGAUUACAUUCAGAUAAACCUAAGAAAAGGGAUGAUCACAUUAAUUAAGAUGAUUUAUAUCCAAUUGAAUUUGCUAAAUUAAAAAAAUAAUUGGAACCAAUUUCAAAUAUUAGUAGAAAUUAAUUACCAGAUUUAGUCAGAAUAGCUCAAUAAACAUCAAAUGAUCACAACAAAACUAAUAUAAUUAACUAAUAAAUAGUUUAAAAAGAUGAUUUAAGAAAUUAAAAUUUAAUGGAUUAGAAAGAUUCAUAAUAUAAAGAGUUUGAUACAAAGUAUUUGGAAUUACAACAAAAAUUAAAAAAAUCAAAUGAUUAAUGUAAUGAAUUGAAAAUAGAAAAUAAAAAUCUUAAUAAUUAAUUAAAAGAUCUAUAAAACAGAUUAUAGAAUUUUAAAGAAUAACAAAAAGAAUAGGAUCAACAAUUUUGUUAUAUAUAAAAAUAAAUUGAAGAAUAUAAUGAUAUCAAUAUUUAAUUGAGAAAUUAAAAUGAUUAAUUAUUAUAAGAAAUACAAUAAUAAAAACAUUUUAUUACUACUCAAAAACAAAAUACUUAAUUAAAUGAGUUAAAUCUUUAAAAUAAAAUUAAAAAUCUAGAAAUUGAAAAAUAAAAAUUCAAAGAUGACUAUUAAAAAGUCCAAAUUUUAAUAACUAAAGAAAGAGAAGAAUUAUCAAUAAAGGACGAUAAACUUUAUGAAUUAUAAAAAUAAAUAGAUUCCUUAAAAGAUUAAAUAUAAAAACAAUUAAUAUAAUCAAAUUAAUAUUAAUCAAAAAUCAAAAAUUUAACAAAUUAAAUCAAUUAGUUAACUUAAGAAAAGCAAGAUUAAUUUGAUAAUUUCUUAUAAAUUAAAUAAACUCUAUUGAAUUAAAUUGAUUAAUAAUUUUAAGAUCAUCAAUCAUAAUUAGCGUAAUUAGAUGUUCUUAAAUAAUAAGAUUUAUUAAAGUAAGAAAAUCAAUAAUUAAAAAACAUAAAUAAAAUGAUUUAAGAUGAUUCUAAUAAAUUAAAAGAGGUCAUGUAAAUAUAAAAAGAAAAUUUAACUUCCUAAAUAGUUCAAUUAUUAUAAUAAUCUGAAGAAAAUCAAAAUAGAAUUUUGGAAUUAGAAAGCUCUAUUUAAAAGUAAUCAUUAUCUGAAUAAGAAUAAAAAUAAUUAAAUUUAGAAAAUUAAUAGAAUUAGUAUCAAUAUAUAAUAGAUUAAUUAAAUCAAUAAAAAUCUUUGAUCUAAAUUCAAUUAGAAAAUAAAAAUUAAUUAAAUGCUUAAUUGCAAAAAGAUUUAUAACAAAAUUAAAUACAAUAUAAAAUUGUUGAAGAAUAAAACUAAAUUCUAACCAUAAAAUUAUAGUAAUUGAAAACAGAAAAUGAUUCUCUUGAAAAAUAAGUAAUUUUAUAAGAUUCUUAAAUAAAUUAAUAAAAAUAAGAGUUUGAAUAAAUUCAAGAUGAUUUAUAUAUUUAAAUUGAUUAAGAAAAAUAGAUAUAUAAUAAUUAAAUUAAUCAAUAUGAAAAUUAAAUAUCUGAUUUAUAGAAUGAAAUUGAAAAAUUAUUUUAAUAACUAAAUAAUUAAAAAGAAUUAAUAGAUAAUUUAAAUGAUUAAAUCAAAUAAAAGAAUAAUAUCAUUCAAUCAUUAACUGAAGAUAUAAAUAAUAAUUAAUAAAAUAUUAAUGAAUUGAAUGAUUAAUUAAAUGAUUAUUAUAAUUAAAAUGAAUAAUUAAAUGCAAAAAUAGAAAUGGAAAUUUAAGAUAAAUAAAAAAUAAUAGAAGAAUUAAAUGAUAAAGAAGAUGAUUAUAAUUAAAUUAAUGAAUAGAUGAAUUAAUUGUAAAUUUAAAAUUUAUAAUUGAAUGAGUAAUUAUAACAAGCAUAAGAUAGUCUAUAAUAGGAAAAUCGUACUUAAUAAGUAAUUUAAAAUUAAAUAAAUUAAAAUGAGGAUCUUAUUAAAGAAUUGAAAUAACUAUUAAAUGUUACAAAUGAAUAACUUGGUUAAUUAUAAAUUCAACUUUAAAAUACAGAUGAAGCUUUAAUGGAAAAAAAUGAAUAAUUUGAUUUUGCAAAGUCUGAAUUAGAUAAAUAAAAGAAAGAAAACUUAUAGUUUUAAUAAGAAUUAUAAAGAGCAAAUGAUUAAAUCAAUGAACUUAAUUAUAAUAUCAAUGUUUUGAAUAAUGAAAAUUUAACAAUUAAAGAAAAUUUUAAUAUUAGUAAAUAGAAAAUAAAUGAAUAAUUAAGUAUAAAUCAGACCUUAAAAGCUGAAAAUUAAUUAUUGCAAGAAAAUUUAGAAGAUUUAACUAAAAAUUUAAUAAAUAAUAAAUCAUAAAUCUAUGAAUAAUUAGAUAAAAUUUAGGAGUGCAAUAAUAAAAUGGAAGAUUUAUCAAAAAGAAAUUAAAAACUAAUUGAUGAGAGUACAAAUUUAAAAGAAGAGAUUAUGCAAACAAAUUAAAUUAUGAAAAAUUUAGAUUAAUAAUUGGAUAAUCAAAAUAAAUCAUGUUCAAUGUUAUAAGAUAGUAUAGAUAAACUGAAAAUUAAAAAUUUAGAGUUAGAAUCUGAAUAUUAGAUAUUAUUUUAAGAUAAGUAAAAUUUAAAUGAAUAAUAUAAAUAAAUUCUAUUAGGAAUAUAACAAUAUAAUAAAUUAAUUCAAGAUUAGUUAAAUAAAUUUAAUAAUGUUUAAUAUAGAAAUUAAUAAGAGGAACAUCAAUUAAUAAAUCAAUAAAAUAAUGAAAAAAUUGAUUCAAUAAAUGAUGAUUUAAUUUUAAUAUAAAUUGAUUUCAAUUAAUAACAUCCUCUUUUAUAAAAUGGAAUAUAAAAAUUAAUAGAUAUCAUUAGAUUAUAAUAAGAUGAAAUCUAAAACCUUAAAAUUGAUUAAAAUCUCAAUAAUGAAUAAAAAUUAUUUGAAUAAAGAGAACAGGAAUCUUAAACAGGUGAAUAACCUAUUCAAAAUUUAGAAAAUUAUAAUCUAUUAGAUAUUUAUAAUUAAAUUAAUUAAUCAACAAAUGAGAUUAUAGUAGAAUAAAAUAAUGAUUAAUUAUUAGAAUUAUAAGGUGGAAAUUUAAUUGAAGAUACUUAAUUAGUAAAUUAAAAUGAGGAAUUAAUUAAAAAAAUAGAAAAAUUAAAUGAAUAGGGAAAAUUUUAAGAAUAAGAAAUUAAUUAAUUGAUUUUAGACAAUUAAGAUAAAUAUCAAAAAAUAGAAGAUCUUAAUGUGAUUUAAGAAUCUUAAAGAAAAAUUGAAAUAGAUUAAGAUAAUUUUAUUAAAAUAUAAAAACAAUAAAUUGAAUAAGAUAAAUAAAUAAUUUUAGAUUUAGAAAAUAUGUUGCUCAAAUUAAAAUAAGAAAUUCAAAUUAAAGAUGACAAGAUUAAAAGUUAAUAACAAAUAAUUGAAGAAAUGAAAUAAGAAUAAUAAGUUAUAAUUUCAAAAUUAAAUGAUGAAAUUUCUAAAAAUAAAAAUUAUUGCAUUGAAAUUUCAAAAUUAAAUUUACAAAAUUAAGAAUUAAAUACUAAUUUAAAUUAAUAAAUUUAAGAAUUGCAUAAUCAAUAAUAAAAAAUAUUAUCAUAAGAGUAGUUAUGUUAAGAAUAUAAAAAUAAAUUAUAAAUUAUAGAUUUAUUAGAGAAAAAGAAUUUUGAAUCAGAGUAAAAGAUCUUAGAACUAUUAAUAGAUGUAGAGAAUCUUUAGGAAUAAUUGUCAAAUGUAUUAUAAAAUAAAAAUACUUUGGAAUAAAAUAUAAAUGAAUUAAAAAAUCAUGAAAAUGAUUAAAAGUAAGAAUUAUUAGAAUUAAAAUCUUAAUUUUAAAUUUAUAAAGAAGAAACUUAAAUUUAAUUAAAUAAUUAUAAAGAGUAAAAUAUAUAAUUAUAAACAUUAAAUGAAAAUUUAGAAAUAUAAAUCUAAGAUUUAAAAUCAUAAACUAAUGUUAAAUAAAGUUAAAUUGAAAAGAUAAAUGAAAAAUAUAAUUUAAUAAAUAAAUAAUUCAUAUUAUAAUAGUAACAAUUAAUUUAGUUUGAAUAAACAAAUAAUGAAUAAAAUAAUCAAAUAUAAUAAAUUGAAUCUUUUAAUGGCUAAUUAAUAGAUAAGGAAAAAUAAUCAAAAUAAAAGUUUGAUACAUUAAUAGUAUAAUAUGAAUAGCUAUAAAUUCUACAUAAUUAGUUAAUACAAUAAGAGUAAUAAUUAUAAUAAGUUAAUAAUAAAUUAUAACAAGAAAUUAAUGUAUAAAUUAAUUAAAAUAAGGAUUAAUCUUAAUAGAAUCGUACAUUAGAAUAGGGAAUUAAAGAAUUAUAAUAAAUUAAUAAUCAAUUAAUAGAAUAAUAAAAUAUUAAUUUGAAAAUACAAGAAAAUUAAUUUAAAUAAUUAUAUUUCGAGGAAUAACAAAAAAAUUUAAAACUUGAUAUCAAAAUAAAUGAAGAUUCUCAACAUAUAUAACAACUUUAAAUAAUGAAUGAGUAGUUAGAAUAAAAAUUUAAUGAUUUAUCAUUAUAAAUAAAUGAAUUAAAAUAACAGAAUAUAGAUUUACAUCAAGUUAAUAAUGAAUUAGUUUAACAUAAAAAUAAUUAAGAAUAGAGUUUAUAAGUACUCAAAACAAUAAAUGAUAAUUAAUUAUAAGAAAUUAAAAAUCUAAUUAAUGCAUAAGAAUUAAAUUUAUAAAUUUUAUAUAAUCCAACCUAGCAAAUAAAUUAAUUACAAUAGAAAUUAUAAAAAUUGGAACUCAAUAUUUUAAGAUAUUUACCAAAAUUAAAAUAAAAAACCGGAGAAUUAUAAGAUUAAAUAACUUAGUUAGAAAUUGUGAACAAUCAAAAAAGCGAUAUUAUAAAUGAUUUAAAUAUAUAAUUAUAAAAAGAAUAAGAUAAAUAAAAUGAAAUAAAUAAUUAGAUAUUGCUAAAUUAGUAAGCCAUUUCUAAAUUAGAAUUGGAAAAAAAGUAGAAUAUAGCGAAUUUUGUAACAUAAGUUAACUUAAAUGAAUUAAUGUAGGCAGAAAUAGCAGUUUUAUAAUAAUAAAAAUAAGAAUAUGAAAUUAUAUCAAAAUAACUUGGAUAAGCUUAUUAAGAUUAAUAAUAAAAAUAGAACUCUGAAAUUUAAAAAUUAAUACAAGAUAAUUCAGUAUUACUAGAUUAAAAUGAAAGUUUAAAAGUGUAAUAUAUGAAAAACAAUGAAUAGAUAGAUAUAUUAAGAAUGGAAAUUGAAUAAUAAUCAAUAAUAACUAAUAGUAAAUUAGAAGAAUUACUUUCAAAAUAAAAAGAAGAACUAAAUAUCAUUGAAGUUACUAUUUCAGAAUAACAAACUAAUUUCUGUAAAAAUAUAUUAAACUAGGUAUUCGUGACUACUGAAAAGUUGAAUUAACAAUAAGAAAAAUAAAAUAUUCAUCUUAAUAUUAUAAAGGAUUAAUAUAGAAAAGAAAAAGAAGUCAAUAAAAAGUUAAAUAGUGAACUAAAUUAAAUUUAAAUGGAAAUGCAAUAACAUAUAGAUAGAUAUUUAGUUUAAUAGAAUUCUCAUUUUAAAGAAAACUAGAUUUUGAAAGAUCUUAUAAAGAUUGAGAAAGAAGCUAAAGAAGAAUUAAGCUCUUAAAUGAUCCAAAUUCAAUAAUAGAUUAUUGAACUUAAUUACACUAUUGAUUAAAAGAAUUAAGAAAUAGAUUCUCUUAAAAUAAUAAAUGAUAAAUUAAAUGAAUAAUCUACAAUUAAUAAAUAAACAUUAUCAAAUGAUUUAAAAAUGAUUCAAAAAUAAAAUUCUGAAUUCAAACAAUAAAUUUAAUAGUAAUAAGAUUAAAUUAAUAGUAUUAAUGAAACACUUAUACUUAAAGAUUUAGAAAUUAACGAUUUAAAAUAAAAAUUGACAUAUAAAGAGCAGGAUACUAAUUAAAAAGCUUAAGAAUAUAAACUUUAAAUUGGUGAAUUAUAAAAUAUAAAAGAAGAUGGACUUUAGAAACUGAGAUGUAAAGAGGAUGAAAUUAUAUAAUUAUAACAAUAUUUAGAGUAGUAAAAAGUAAAUUAAAAGAAUGAAUCUUUAGUUCUUUUAGGAAAUCUGGAAUAACUACAAUUAAAUUUGGAUAUGAAAGAAGAAGAAAUAACAAGAUUUAAAUCAAUUAAUGAUGAAUUAUAAGAAACUUAAAAAGAAUUAAAUAAUUAAAAAUAGAAAAUCUAAGAUGAAUUAAAAUAACAAGUAUAGAAUUAAAAUUUAAAAAUUUCAAAAUUAGAAGCAAUUAUAGAAGAAAAGGAUAUUGAAAUUUAAUAAAAAUAAAAUGAAUUUAAUGAUUUAAAAGAUUCUAUAAAUAUGUAUGAAGAAAGAUUUAAUACUGAUUAAUAAGUGAUAUCAAAAUAAUAGUUUGAAUUAGAAAAUUUACAAAAUUAAUUAGAAGAUUUAAAAAAAGAAGAAGAAUUCACAAAAUUAGAAUUUGAAUAAUAAUUAGAAAUCAAGAAAUUAGAAUAAAUACCAUAAAAUACUGAUAUAUAAGAAGAAGAAAUAAUUAGAUUAAAUAAUAUUAUUUAGGAGAAAGAUUAAUAUAUUGAUUAACUUUAGAAAAAUAUAAAUGAAUUUAUUAAUAAGAGUUAGAAUGAUGUUAAUUAAAUAGAUUAAUUUAAUGAUAUUGAAGAAAAUAAUUAGAAUUCAGUAGAUGAAUAGUAAUAACUAUUAGAUCUCUUAUAAUAAGGUUAAAGAUAGAUUAAUGAAUCAGAUUAAGAAUAAUUAAAAGAAGAAAGGGUUAUUUUAUAGAAAUUAAGAGAAGAAAAUGAUAUUUUAAGAAAAUAAUUAGGAGAUUAAGAAUAAGAAUUAAUUAUAAAUAAUUAAAGGAUUCUUGAUCAUGAACAAACAAUCUUGAAUUUACAAUUUUAAUUAUAAGCAAGUAAAGAUAAUAAUGAAUAAAAAAAAUAAAUCAAAAAGUAAGAUGAGCAAAUAAAUUAAAAUUCAGAAUAAUAAUAAUAAAUUGAAUAACAUCAAUAAUUAUAAAAAGAUAAUAAUAUAGAAACAUAAUUAAUAUCAAAAUUAAAGGAAGAAAAUGAGAUUCUAAAAAGAAAUUUAUAUGAUAUAUAAGAAGAAUUAAAAGUAAAUAAUUAGAAAUUAGAUGAUCAUGAAUAAACUAUUUAUAAUUUACAAAAUGAAUUAUAUGAAAAGAAAGAAAAAUUUGAAAAUUUAGAAAAUAAAUUAAUGGAUAAUCAAAUAUCAUUAGUGAGUAAUAGAUCAAAGUUAAGUUAAGAAUAAAUUCGUUUUGAAUAAUUACUUGAUAUUGGUGUUGAAGAUUAAGAUUAAGAUUUAAAUGAUAAUGAUUCAUUUGAAUAAAAAGAGAAUAUAUUUUAAUAACAUUAAUUUAAUUUAAAGCAAUAAGAAUUAAAUAAUAAAAUAAAUGAAUUGAAUGAAGAAAUAAAAUAAUUAAAAGAAUAAAAUAAGUAUUUUUAUAUAAAAUAUAUAUUAGAUCUCUUUAAGAUUUUAUUAAUAGAGGUAGUGCUCCUAGUCCUAUAUAAAAUAGAGAAUCUGAUCCUAAUAAAUCUUCAAAGAUAGUAUAAGAAAGAGAAAAACGUAUUUAAGAUUUAUAAAAUUAAUUGUAUGAUAAAGAUUAGACAUUCACUAAUAAUAAAUCGAAAAAUUAAGUUCUUUUUGAGUUUAAUUAAGAUGAAGAAAAUUAAAUGUAAGAUGAUUUAGCUGAAGAUAUCAAAUUAGAACAAUAAGCUAAAAAUGAUUUUGCAAAUGAUUAACAAGAGCAUAUAAAAUAUUUAGAGAUUCAAAACUAUGAACUUCUUAAUAAAAUUAGCACUUUGGAGAAUGAUAAAAAGUAAAUAUAAUAAAAUAUUAAUUUAAUAGAGAAAUUUACAUACUUAUUGAUUAAUUAUAAUAAGAGAAAUAAAAAAAAGAUUAAAUGAUUUCCCAUUUAUAAUCUACACUUACAGAACUAAAUAGGUAAUAUAUUAUUAAUCUAUUAUUAGCUAAAAUAAAGAAUUAUAAAUAUAGAUUUAAUAAUAAAAGAAGGUUUAAGAAUCUAUAUAAAAAUAUCCUUCUGAUUAAUAAAAAGGAUUGUAAUUAUAAUAAUAAUAAUAAUAAUAAUAAUAAUAAUAAUAAUAAUAAUAAUAAUAAUAAUAAUAAUAAUAAUAAUAAUAAUAAUAAAAGAGUGAUUAAACUUAAGAAUUAAUCACUUUAAAAAACUAAUAUGAAUAAUUAAAAGGAUUAAGCCAAUAAUUCUUCUCAGCUAUUUUAAAUAAGUAUAAUUUAUAAUUAUAUCAAUUUUAGAACUCCAGAGAUUGCUGAAUCAAUUUUAGGUGUCAUUUUGAGUAUGAUUGAAAUGACAGAUAAAUAAACUAUUUGUUAAGAAUUGUUUGCUAAGUCAGAUGAAAAGAAAGAUAAAAAAAGUAAAAGUAAAAGUAAAGGAAUAAAAGGAUGGCUUGAUAAAUUUUGA